CCAGUUUUUGGGUGGACUCAAGCCGCUCCGCCGAGUUCCCAGAGAUGUCGCUGCGUCGCCUUGAACGGCGAGGCCUCGAGUACGACGACGACGACGACUACAGCGAUGAAUUCCCGUUCUUUUGGAUGUUCUUUGGUUGCCUCUCCCUCUGCAUCUGGUGUGCGCUGAUCAGACGACGGCGGGAGUUGAACGCGCGGCGCGCCGCGUUUCAGACCUCCGUCAUCACGAUGUUCAGCGUGAGGGAGGGGCAGAGCGGCGACGGCGGCGGCGGCGGUGGCGGUGCUCCCGUGGCGAGGGCCUCGACAGUGGUGACCGCCGUCGCGGUCGAGGCCGUACCCACCGCCACCGUCAUCGGGACGCCGGUCCCUCCCGGAGGCGCGGCGGUGCAAGCCGUGACGGUGCACCCGGUUUGAAGCGGGCGGGCGGUCGGCGGGGGGGGGAGCUGAGGGAGGGGGGGGGGGGGGGGCGUUUGCCUCUCCAGUCGGCGCGUCUGUCUCUGGAAAGAGAGAGAGAAGGGCCGGCGAGCGUCCUAGCACACGCGUUCGCGCAGCGCGUGCGUACAUGCAGUGUUUUGUGUCGACAAUGUGUCCGGCGCUGACCGGCUCUCGUGGUGUGCGGGACGGAGUUCGUGUUGGCGGGAGGCAGAGGCGCAUCACGGGGGUCGGGGCGUGUAGCGGGGCGUGUUGACACCGGCCUCCUCUUCGCUCGCCGAGAAGGCCAAGGGGGUGCGGUGCGCUUGCUCUUGCACAGUGUCCACACCACUCACCAGUUGAGCGUUUCUUUGACUUUGUGGAACUUUGUCUUUGAGCUGCACAGACCACAGUUCUGUUGAGUGCUUUGUUUCUUAAACCGUUGACACGACA